GGUCAGUUAGUCAAGAUGUUGUCGUCCAAGCUAGUUUGCUUCGCACUGGUCAGUCUGGCCUUUGGUCAACUUUAUCUGGUGGCCAGCGAGGAUACCAUUGCCGUUUGUCCCACCAACUUCACCCAGGUGGCUGGCAAGUGCCUCCUCUUGGAUAAUAAAUGGAAGAACUUCUAUGAGUCGGAUCGUCACUGUCAAUCCCUUAACGCCGGACUUCUGAGCAUUGGCAAUCAAGUGGAGUUAAAUGCCAUCAACGAAUGGCUGCCAACUGUUGCACCCCACACGCCGGAGCUCUGGACAUCCGGAAAUAAGCUAGGCGCAACUGCCGAUUACUACUGGCAGAGCACUGCGGAGAAGGCCCUCUACCUUCCCUGGAAGGCCGGCCAACCCAUUGCCACCGCCGGCGAUUGUCUCACACUGCUGGCUAACGUCACCAUGACUGCCGAAGGGACCACCUUGAGCGAGCACCUCCUGGCCGUGAAGUCCUGUACCACUUGGGCACCCCACAUCUGCCAGGCUCCUCUUCAAAUCUUCAAGACCCAGCUUUGCCUUAAUACUACUGCUUUCUUUGAGGCCAAGGUACCCGCCUAGGUCAAUUCAAGGCACUUCCUCCUAAUUGGCAAUACGUGUUUGUAUUUCUAAAUGAUUAAAUUUCAAAAAUUUAUAUGUUUAUAAAUUUGCAAGUAAAACUUUAGAUAAUCCGUAGUCAAAAGUUUAUAUAAAAGUGAAUGUUAAUUACCAUUUCUAACAAGCUUAUAUCCUAAAACGAAAUACAGUUAAGAAGGUUUAUAUUAUCAAAUUUCCAGAAGGCCAUGUGAAAUCUUAACUAUUUUUUAGUUAUUUUCGCCAUGUAAGCUUAGGUGAUUACAGUGAAUAAAAAUUUUUGAAAAAGAGAUUAAAAAGCUUUAAAUGAUA